UGGCUUACAUGGAUGCCUCCAUGCACACACGCCUAAUUUGACCCUAGAAAUACACUGAACAAACAUGUCCUGGGACAACCAGGGUGCAGAGGAUUCAUAGGUAAUGGACGGCCCAAACAGGGGCACCAGGUAUAGCCAGGGAGGAGACAGUUUGAAGGAUAUGAGUACUGGCAGGUUUGCCCCCUUUGGACAGGGGCACUGUCAGAACCAACACUGAACUUUGGGGUCUCCAUGCCUUGCUGCAGGGAUCUUGCCUCGAAGCUGGUCCCACUACACAGUGCCCGCUGGCAUGACGGUCAUCCAGUGGGUGUCAGACUUCAGUGAGCGGAUUAAACAGCUGCAGAACAUCUCACAGGCAGCUGCAUCAGGUGGAGCCAAGGAGCUCAAGAAUGUCCAUGUGUACCUGGGCGGCCUAUUUGUGCCUGAGGCCUACAUCACUGCCACCAGGCAGUAUGUGGCCCAGGCUACCAGUUGGUCCCUGGAAGAGCUCUGCCUGGAAGUUAAUGUCACCAGCACUCAGGGUGCUACCCUGGAUGCCUGCAGCUUUGGGGUCACAGGUCUGAAACUUCAGGGGGCCACGUGCAACAACAACAAGUUAUCCCUCUCCAAUGCCAUCUCGACCGUCCUUCCUCUAACACAGCUACGCUGGGUCAAGCAGACAAAUGCCGAGAAAAAGGCUAACGUGGUGACCUUACCUGUCUAUCUGAACUUCACCCGGGCAGACCUGAUCUUUACUGUAGACUUUGAAAUUGCUACAAAGGAAGAUCCUCGAAGCUUCUAUGAGCGUGGUGUUGCAGUCCUGUGCACAGAGUAAAACUAAACUCCUCUUAGCCUCCACUUUCUGCAAUAGUAAGAUUGAAUAUUUAACAUUGAUUUGUCAUAAACAUUUGGAAGACAUGGACUUACGAGAAGAAAGUUGUUGGUUUGUGUUGAAGUAGAGGGAGCUGGCGGUUGGGAACAGUGGAAAUUUAUAAAGAUAAAAGUAUGUGUUUUUUGAGGGUUAUGGACAGCAUGGCUUGUUUUUCGAAAUAAAACACUAAGCAUGACUGGCUUCUACCUCCUGUUUCAGUGCAGCCCCAAGUCCUGGAGUCCCUGGGCCUGGGAGCAGGCUUCUGACUUGGGUCUAGGCCGCUGCUGUUGGCCACAGCAGAUUGUGUGCCUGGUUUGGGGCAGCCCUUGGGGCAACCACUACCAGCUACCCUCCAAGCCACUUCACUUUUGUCAGGAACUUGUUCUCCAGCAGCCACCAUAUCUGUGAAUGAAGAAGCCAGGGUCCCUUCACAAAUGAAGAAAUGGCCAGAUGAGGCCAGAAAAUGUCCAGGCUGUGUUUGAUCCCCAAGGCCUCACAGCCCUGUCUGGGGGAAAGGGUGUUGUUUUCUGUCUCAGACAUGAGGUUGAUACCCUGGUCGGUUUCACCACCAGCCCAUCCUGCAGCACACAGCACAGUCAUUCCCAUACAGGGUGGUGACAAUUAGAGCAGCUCAGACACUGGCCUUGCUCCUCACAUCACAGUGGGGGGUGACUUAUGUCUCAGCAUCUUUUCAGAGCUCCCAGGUCUGAUCAGGGAGAGACCUUGGCUCAGUGCAGGCCCUGGUGGCCACCCAGGAGCCACUGGGCCUGUGAAUGGUGCAUGAUCCUAGUCAAGGCUAAGAUUCCUUAAUACAGAGAGGCACUGUUCUAUUAAUCCCUGUCCUGUCUGGGAGGGAACAUAGUGAGUUCUUGAGCCAGAAGCAAGUAACUCCAGCCCACAGGUCAGUGAGCAGAAGCAGCCCAGCCACCAUAUACCACCAAGACCCCUGGAAAAGGGAUGCUUACAUGUUCCAGGGUUGAGCCUCCAAAGUCAAGGGCUGCCAUGCAGACCCCACAGGAACACCUGAGGCUUUUCCUCACUACCUCCCAAGCUAGCAUCCAUAGGACAUCACCUGGAUCCCUAGUCCUCCUCAUGCUGAGCUUGUUCCAUUGGGCUUGUGAGACACUUUUGGGAACAGCAGGCUCACUCCAGCUCAUAGC